AACAUGAUAUUUACGCGUUGUACCUCGUUGCGUUCUUCAAAAUAACAAUCACAACACGUUGACUAGUCACGCUUUAGUGUUUGACAAAUUAUAAAGGUAGAUAUUCGUUUUCUUCUUUGGAAUUGGAUAAACACAGGCGAUAGAUAUUCAUUCAUAUACACAGUUUGACGUUAGAGACAGACACACCAUGGGAAUCGUCGGAAAUCUCAGUCCCGAUCAGCUCCAGUCAUUCGACUCUCAAGGUUUUAUUGUGAUUGAAUCGUUUGCGAGCCCCGAAGAAAUCGACGCCAUGAGGAAGAGAAUGGACCAGUUGCUGGAUGAAUUUGACUGCUCCACCGCCUCAGUUUUCUCUACCAAGAACCAGAAAGAGUUGACCGAUAAUUACUUCUACGAAAGCGCCGAGAAUAUCUCCUGUUUCUUCGAGGAGAAAGCCUUUGGGGCUGAUGGAAACUUAAAGCAACCAAAACAACUUUCCAUCAACAAAGUUGGGCAUGCGUUACAUGAGAUUGACCCAGUAUUUAAAAAGAUCUCCUGCUCUGAGAAAGUUUCAAGUCUGAUGUUCUCUUUGGGUUACAAAAGGCCAGUGAUCAUUCAGUCCAUGUACAUUUUCAAGCAACCAGGUAUCGGAGGUGAAGUAGUGCCACACCAGGAUAACUCAUUUCUUUAUACUGAACCACCAACUUGUACGGGGCUGUGGCUUGCUCUUGAAGAUGCCACAAUAACCAAUGGUUGCCUUUGGGUUUUUCCUGGAUCUCAUAAAAAUGGGCUUGUUAGGAGGAUGAUUAGACGUGAAGAGGGGGUUUCCUUUGACCGGCCUUCCCCAACAUAUAACCAAAAGGAUUUUUUGCCUAUUGAAGUGAAAGCUGGGUCUUUGGUUGUGAUUCAUGGUGAUCUUAUUCAUCAAAGUUUUGAGAACCAGUCCUCAAAAUCAAGGCAUGCCUACAGCUUGCAUGUCGUGGAUACCGAUGGCUGCAAAUGGGCCCCUGAUAAUUGGAUCAGAAGAAAAGUGGAGCCCGAGCCCCUCUAUGUAUCUUAAUCUAUCCUUCCAAUCCAUCAACGGUCUUUUUCUACAAAUGGCGGUCGUUUUCAUCUCAGGCAGAAUUGUUUACCCUCCGUUGUAUAUAAUUUUGUGAUGUGUAUGUACCAGCUGUCUUUUGUGGCCAUAGGCAACUGUUUUGUCUUUUCUUUAUGUUUUCCUUUAACUUGUAAAAAUAAAUAAAUAAUGUUUAAUUUCCUUUUAAACUAGAUACUGAAUCUCUACCUGAAUAUGUAGUCAGAAUAAAUUUGUCCUGCAUAACUUGACACGUAUUGUCAUGCAAUGUACCUUUCAAUUAAGUAUUUCCUUCCAAAACAA